GUCUACUUUCGCCUUCCGGGUCUGCUUUUCCCUGCCUGACGCCGCGCGUGUCGGUCCGCCAUGAGAGGCUACGAAGAGGUGGCGGUGAGCGGCUACGAGGAGUUCUCGGCCGCAGUCCAGGAGCGCCGCGACCGGCAGAUCUUCGCUUACUUCAGCGGCACGAAGGACCCGCAGACCGGCACCAGCUGGUGCCCGGACUGCGUCACCGGUGGGGCAUCCUUCUGAUAUGCACAUAUUUGCAUGUUUGCAUGAGGGAGGGGCAGCCGCUGCUCCGAAUCUUGCCCCUCCCUCUCUGCGCCUCAGUCUUCCUCCUCCGCCCCAUUCUGUAAAAUGGGUGCAAUAACGCCGGCCGACCUUGCUAGGCUGUUGUGCCGAUUCGUUUUAGUUAUGCAUGUAAAAGUUAUUUCUAAACUGUUUCCUGGCUGGGGGGAAAAACCCAUCUAAAACUGCAUGCUGCAUACAGAAUUACACCACCUGAGGUGUGGGUUUUCCCUAGAGAAACGAUGAGGCAGGGGGCGCUGGAGGUAAAAAUGGGUAUCAGGCUUUGAAACGCUGGUAUCACUGGAUCAAGUUAAACAGUUUUGCUGAACUAAUUCAACUAGUUUUAAAUGGAUAUUUAACAAAUGUGCAUUUUUUUCUCAUUUUGAAUUAUUUUGUGGGUCAUGCAAACCACUGUUCUGAAUAAUGUUUCGGGUAGGGGGCUCUGGUGAUUAAUUUGUAACCAAGGGGGGCAAUGGCCCCAAAAUGUUUGGGAACCACUGCAGUAAAGCAGUGACUUGAGAGAACACCCUUGAUGCGCAUUAAUGCACUCUAAAGUGUUAUGGCUACCCAAAAAGCCCCAUGCUGUGAACCCAACAGGAAUGAUCCAGCCCCAACUGGGCUCCAUGCAAGGGAGAGGAGGGGGUUGCUAGUAGCUUCAGGAUGUGUUAGAAGUGUCUGGCGGGAUCAGAUGGGUUGGUAAGCAGGCUGCUUUUGCUUUCUUUCAGCGGAGCCCAUUGUGCGGGCAGAGCUCAAGCACCUGCCAGAAGGAUCAGUGUUCAUUUACUGCCAAGUAGGAGAAAGAGCUUAGUAAGUAUAACGUGGAGCGAGUUGGGGAGCAUGCAGAGCACGGAUUUUGAGCCAAUCCAGUGCUGGGUCUUGUUCAUGCAAAAGGCCCUUUAAGUGAGCUCUGCCAGCUUUUAGGGAUGACUGUUGUAGAAAGCAGGACAGAUAAAUCCCCGUGUUGCCCCCCCCCCAUGUUGCACCUAUUCACACAAGAAUGGACACUUAAUUUAUCCUAGUUCAAAUACAGCCUUGCUUGUACAGGUUUGCUUGGAAGUCACUUCUUUCUCUACCAAGGUAUAAUUAUUAUGAUCACUGUCAUAAUUAUACUUCAAACAGUAUCAAGGUGACUCACAAUAAAAGAAAUCUAGUCAAAAUGAAAAAUUACAUAAGGAAUUUGAUUUGACCACCAAGAAGCAAUAAUCAAGCUACAGGCACACCCCUCCUUACAGGAUCUCUAUUAAAAGCAACAGACAGAAAAGUCUUCCAAAACAGCAGAUAAAAAAUAACUUUCAAAUGCCUGAGAAAGAAGCCUGAUUGGCAUUUAAAAUAUGUUAUUCUGGUUUUCAUUGAGGAGUGCAUUUAAUGAGGUGGUGAUUACACCUGAGAAUGCCCAAUCUCUCUCUAUGCCAGAAGGGGGCGCUUGGACUGCCUGGCCAAACCAUAAGGUUUGGGGUCUGGAAAUAUCCCCUGCGCCACCUCUCCUUUUCUCAGGGCAUUUAGCCUUUAAGGUGAGACUCCUCCUCCCUCCCAGGUCACAAGUAAUUAGUCCUCACAGAUUAAUCUUAAUAAAAUUUCCCGCCUCAAAACCUUCAUGCCUUUUAACCCAAUGCCUUUUAAAACUAUUACCCAUUUUUAUUCCCCCCCCCCCCAGUUGGAAAGAUCCCAACAAUGAAUUCAGAAAGAAUCUUCACUUAACUGGAGUGCCUACGCUACUUAAAUAUGGGACUGUAAGUAUUUUCAAAUGUGAUGAAUGAUGGCUUGGAAUCCACAUUGACAUGGUCGGAGGGCUCUAUUUGAGUAUUGCAAACAAUUUUUCAUGUUUCUUAAAACUGUCUCUUUAGAACUGUGCUCUUAUGCUUCCUGAAAAACUGUGCAAAUGUCUACAAAUCCAUGCAGUUUUUGUUUUUUUAAAAAAGAUUCAGCUCAUGUUUACGUACUCAGUAUGAAGACGCACUGUGUUCAGAGCACCAGAUUCAGACUGACUCCCAAGUAAACAUGAGUACAGACCAUUAAGUUAGUCUCUUGUUACAGCUGAAUUACCUCUCAGCACUUGUAGCUGGAGCCAAUUUGACUUGGAAAAUAAGAUCCCUGCAUGACUUAGCUUUGGACUCUGCUACACACUUGUUAACCAAUGAUUAAAUGUUUCACAACAUUUCCCUUUAGGUGCCAAGCUGCUCAUUUAGAAAGAUAUAAAGCAACCUUGUAGUCAGUGUGGACUUCAAGCUGUGUAGCUUAUUCAAAAGCCUGGCAGUGUGCCAAAGUAGGAAAGGAUACUUACUUACAGGAGGACUUUAAUCUCCUGCAGCUUUUCUUAACCAUUUACAGUACAAUGUUUGUUUCAGCCUCAGAAGUUGGUGGAACAGGAAUGCUUUAAACCAGACCUCGUGAGGAUGCUGUUCACAGAAGACUAAGUUGUUUCCGCUCUAAUGAAAAGAGUUUGCUGCUACCAGCUGAGGACCUGACCAGAAUUCCUUGAGAGGAGACCAAUCAUGUCUUAAAAUACAGACAAAUGAAGUUUGCAGCCUGCAAGCCAAUUAAGUUAAAUAAAUUUUUCUUUGAUUUAGUGAGUACCAUCCUAUGAUAGUGUAUCAUCAAACUGAAGCCGAUAUGUGAUGUGUUAACAAUGUGAAGUACACAGAGUUUUUAUAAACAAGAAGACAGGUCCCUGCCCUCAAGGAUCUUACAAUCAAAGUCAGACAACAGGGGAGAAUUAAGGCUAGGAAAAAUGGAGACAGCAGCUACAAUGAAACUUCAAGUGGGAAACAAAAAUUUAAGUCAAAAGGUCUCAGACAAAGGUGGUUUUUGAAAGGGACGUGAUUGAAAUACACAAGUAGCCAGUGUCCUCAAAUCAACAAGGCGAACCAACAGCAAAGUCUGUUGCUUAGCUAUUGUUAUGGAAUGUCACUGCCUUUAGAAGCAUCACAUGCCACUUUUGGCUGAAAACCUGCAGAAAGUUAUAGCCCAUCACAUCCCCACUGAGCUGAAGUAUGAAAAGCAAGAGAGGAUUUUUUAUCAUGCAGCUGGAAGUGGUUCUCACUGACCAGUUACAUCUUGCACAGUUACAUCUUGCACUCCAGCGAUGAAUUUAGCCAGCUAAUGCAGAUGGGGUUGCUUAUGCUUUUUUUAAACAGAUCACUUAUAGAUCUGAGAGCUCUUGUCAAAAGGAAGAUGCAGCUCACAGGCUUUUAUUUAUCCACGGACUAAUACAAACCCAGCACACACUGAUGAGCUUUUAAGUCUCUUUAUUUGCUGCUCUCAAUAAUGUGCUAAAAACUAACCACCACAGGGAUUUUAUAUAUAUAUAUGCGUGCACGCGCGCACACAUACACAGAAAGAGACAGACAUACAAACCCAAAUCACCCACCUUUCCACUGAUAGUCUUUUGGGAAAUGCAGUGACAACUUUAAAUCUGGAGGGGGUGAGAACUUCUUGCUACUUCAUCCAACACGUAAAGAAGCCGUUUAUGCAGCCUCUGGUAAAGCAAAGCCAGAGGAUCCAUAAGAGGUGUUGAGAUCCCCCUGGGUGAUUAUUUUGUGCUGUGGCUGCUCAGCCAAGGCAGCCCCAUGCUUGGAUGAUUCCAGAGUGGUGCCGCCACUGCAACUGUCCCUCCUGCACUCACUGGGGAUGCCAAAUGGGCUCACUUCACAGAGGUGCUGUUCUGCUGCUGUUGCUGCUGCUGCUGCUCUGCCAGGGCCUGCUGGAGGCGCAUGCGCUUGCGAGAGUAGUGCUGCCAGUGCAGGAUCUGCUGCUCAUCGAUGAACUUGGCACACUGGGCAUUCACCAGCUCUUUGCGGAAGUGCUCAUACUGCAGCAGCUCCAGCAUGUGCAGGCACUGGGGGUACCUUCGCGACAAAAGAAGGGCCAUACACACAUUAGCAGAGGCUUUUAAAACACGUCCGGACUGCCAUGCAAAUACAGUAUGAUCAUGUCUUAUGUGCAUUUAAUAUGCACAAUUGCAAUAAUACACAGUUGGAAGUCCAGUUGGUUGAAAUCUUACAAGACAAAUGCAUAGUUGGUGCAUAGAUAAGUUCUUGCUUGGGAAGCAAGGACAGAGAGCUUAAAAACACACCAAAAGUGCCCCCACCACCCUCCCAAACAGCUAUACUUUCCAUUUACAUUUUUCAGCUACCCAAAGUUUGUCGGAAUCUCCAAAUAUGCAAAGCCUGGUCUGGCACUUGCCCUCUAGAAACCGCUAUUGGGAAGACUGUCUAAACUGAACCCAUUUAACAGAUUAUGAGUGUAGACUUUUCACAUGUUUAUCUAUGUUAUAUUCAGAUACCAUUUUAGACCAAGUUAUAUUAAGGGACAUGUAAUGUAAUUGGAUUUUUAAGCCAAUUUUAUUUUUUAAGCAUCUUUUUUUAAUCUUCCUCAUGAUAAAAUUAAUGUAAUAAUAAUAAUAAUUUAUUAUUUAUACCCCGCCCAUCUGGCUGGGCUUCCCCAGCCACUCUGGGCGGCUUCCAAAAAGAUAUUAAAAUACUGUAAUACAUCAAACAUUAAAAGCUUCCCUAAACAGGGCUGCCUUCAGAUGUCUUCUAAAAGUUGUUAUCUUUAACAUCUGGUGGGAGGGCGUUCCACAGGGAGGGCGCCACUACCGAGAAGGCCCUCUGCCUGGUUCCCUGUAAAUUGGCUUCUCGCAGUGAGGGAACCGCCAGAAGGCCCUCGGUGCUAGACAAGAGUCCUUUUCCUCACAUGUUACGCAAACUGAUCUGCCUUGGAGACUCUCUCAGGGCACUGGUAUAAAUUCCAGCUCAGCACACUGAGCAAUUUUUUUCAACUUUGUCAUGCAUUAAAGGGGAGGGUGCACACGUUUGUACUUUGAUCAAGUGAUGGGUAGACAGAAAACCCUUGAGUCUUGUGCGCCACUUGUAACAAUCAAAAACCAGAUCUAUGAACUCAGGAAAAAAUGACAUAGUACAGGCCCCAGAAAGGCUGUGGCAGUUUGGGACAAUGACUUCUCAGGCCUCUGACACACAAUCCCUAGCCUUCAAAACCAUUGCAGAGUUUAGAGGGCUACUCGUGGGGGUUUUUCAGAUAGCCAAAUAAGCUCUAAGCUGGUUUAACACAGCAAGAUACACAAUCGUAACUCUUACUUUAGGUAUUUGGCAUACUCUGGUUCUUUCCAGUAGAGCAGGUAUUUAAGGUAGUUAACAAAUGCUUUGUCCUUGAAGAAUCCUCUCUGGGCAAGAACUAGAAGAAACACACAAAUUAGUUUACUUAAAAGUGGAUUUUCCCUGUUUAUCCUCACAGCAAUCUGAAGUUAGUCACUAUUAUUCCCAUUCUACAGAUGUGGGGAAAGAGGAUGGACAACCAGAAUAAAGGUUAACUAUACACAAAAUACUCCUCCAAAUCAUAGCCUAUAUUUUAGCCAUAAAGUCACACAGACUGAAGCUGUUGCAGAAAACUGAUAACACCUUUGCUGGAUCUGGUCAAGGAUGCAUCUAGUGCUUUCUAAUUUCAACCAUCUUAGCCAUAACUGUUUUAACUUGGGUUUUCCUGUAUGUUUUAUAUAAUCUGUUUAGUGGGUCUUGCCCAAAUCAUGCGAAUAAAUAAAACAAAAAUCUUGUUGGCAUCUGUCUGUCUGAGAGACAAAUGUAAUGAAUCUCUGAGGGUAAGUCUAAUUGCUGCAUUAGCAGUACUGAAGUGACCUUCCAUGGUGUGCAAGCCUAGGCGGGGUAUAUGGCAGCUCCAUGCUGCCCAGACGACAAGACCCCACUCUCAGCCUCACUGAUGUGGUCCAAAGGAAAGCAGAACAAUAUGUUUGGCACCAGCUUGGCUGCAGGAGUUACUGGAACUUUAUGUAUGUAUGUAUGUAUUUUAUAAACUUUAUAUACUGCUUUAUUG